GACGGAAGAAUUUGAGCGAUGCACAACAUGGACGUGCAAUGUGGGAAAAAUCAGCUUCAUGUGUGAAUUACUAAACUUUCUUAUGUCAGUUGUAGUUUAAUACUUUUCUAAAUAAUCAGAAAGUAAAUUAAAAUAGUCAAGAUGUUUUAUUUCCCUUUAUAAUAUCACUGACUGAGACUGGGAGCCAGUUAAACCGAGGAUCUGUGAACGCAUCAUGGCAGAGACCACAGGUGAAGGUGUUCCAGCUGAUGUUGAUCCAUCAUCUUCCUCCUGUGUCCUGGGACAGACCAAGACCUCCUCAGCCAGAGAGAUGACCCAGGAGGAGCUGCAGAGACUGAGCUGUGACCGAGCUCUGGUGUCUGAGUUCAAGCAGCUGAAGUUAGAGAAGGAGGCUCAGAAGAACUGGGACUUAUUUUACAAAAGGAACACAACCAACUUCUUCAAGGACAGACACUGGACCACCAGGGAGUUUGAAGAGCUCAAGACAUGCAGAGAGUUUGAGUCACAGAAGCUGGUCCUGCUGGAGGCCGGCUGUGGAGUUGGAAACUGCCUCUUCCCUCUGCUGGAGGACGACCUCAACAUCUACGUGUAUGCGUGUGACUUCUCCCCACGAGCUGUCGAGUUUGUCAAAACCAACCCUCUGUACUGCCCCGAGCGAUGCACCGCCUUCCAGUGCGACCUGACCAAAGACGACCUGAGGGAGAAUGUCCCUGAAGGCAGCGUGGACGUCGUCACUCUCAUCUUUGUGCUGUCGGCCGUCCACACUGACAAGAUGAAGGCGGCUCUGCAGAACAUCUGCAGGGUUCUGAAGCCUGGAGGAAUCGUCCUGUUCAGGGACUACGGCCUGCACGACCACGCCAUGCUCCGCUUUAAAUCCGGCAGCAAACUGGGGGAGAACUUCUACGUCCGCCAAGACGGCACCAGGUCCUUCUUCUUCUCCAAAGAGUCGCUGGCCGAGCUCUUUGAGGAUUCUGGUUUCCAGUGCGUCGCGAACGACUACGUCCUGAGAGAGACGGUGAACAAGAAGGAGGGGCUGUGUGUUCCCCGAGUGUUCCUGCAGAGCAAGUUCAGCAAACCCGGCCAAUCACAGAGCUCCUGAUGUCUCUUUACCCCGAGGACACAUGAGACUCAAAUGUCUGGUUGAUGUUUUAUUAGAGGAGGUGUUUUGUGCCUCACACGCCGCUGUGUUUGGAUCCUUCAGAGGGGGAUUCAGGCGGGUGGUCCUGAAAUCAACAGCUGUCUCUGCUCUCACAGACGCAGAAGAAGACGGUGCAUGUACCUGGACCUGUUCAGGUGGAUCCUAACAGGAGCAUGGUGCUGCAGCAGACAUCACCAAAGCUCCUACAAGAGUAAACCUGUCAGUGACUUUAAGAUCUGUGUAAUCUCAAUCAGUCGACAUCUUUUCUCCUGUCAACAAACAUCUCUCUGGAUUGACUUUAAUAACAGUUUCUCUCAAAGUUAAAGGGCUAUUCCAUCAUUUUGUGCCUUAGUUUUUACAUGCUUUGGAGCUGGAAGAAGCCCAAAAGGAUAUUAAAUCUCAGUGGAGCAGAGGUUUAACAACUCAAAUAUUCCCCUGUAAAUGAAUGAGAUAUUUAAGGAUGUAAUCAGUACUUGGAAUUUUGUAUGAGUAGUUUUCCAAGCUGUCUCUUGAACUCCUUUGCAGGCUGCCUUUCUGAACUUUUAAACCUUGUUGUUUGAUUCACUGUUUUGUAUAAGACCUCCAUUAAAAUGCUCCCAAUCUCAGCUUA